CACUCUGCUUUAACUUCAAUUUCAACUCUCUUCAUAUCAUUCAAAGCUCUCUCUCUCUCUCUCUCUCUCUCUCUCUCUCUCUCUCUGGUCUUCAAUGGUGAAAAGUUUUUGAAAGCUAAAUCAUGAGAAGUGAUCAUUAAUGGCGAAUACUUAUCGAAAUGGUGCUCAGAAAGGGGCUGUCAAGGUCGAUAGACCACUCUCAUGGAACUCAAACACGAAGUCGUCGUCUUUUUCUUUGAAGUCCAAACCUUCGGUGCCGGUGUCGAACUCUUCGGGUCUCCGCCGCAGUAGUACUGGUUCGCUCGGUAAUUCCUCCGCCGCGGCUAAGGACGAUGCUGGAGUUCUUGGGAGAGUUCGAGUUGCCGUGAGAUUACGACCUCGAAAUGCAGAAGAGUUGGUCACUGAUGCUGAUUUCGCUGAUUGCGUAGAGUUGCAGCCAGAGCUCAAAAGGUUAAAACUUCGAAGAAACAACUGGGAUUCUGAUACCUAUGAGUUUGAUGAGGUUCUUACGGAAUUUGCAUCACAAAAGCGUGUUUAUGAAGUCGUGGCAAAGCCUGUGGUUGAGAGUGUGCUGGAAGGUUACAAUGGAACAGUCAUGGCAUAUGGGCAGACGGGUACUGGGAAAACAUACACACUUGGACGAUUGGGCGAUGAAGACACAGCUGCUCGUGGAAUAAUGGUGCGUGCAUUGGAGGACAUAAUAGCGGAAACUUCUCCAGAGACUGACUCUAUAUCUGUCUCCUAUUUGCAGCUUUAUAUGGAGACCAUACAGGACCUUCUUGACCCCACUAAUGAUAACAUAGCCAUCAUGGAAGAUCCUAAAACAGGAGAUGUUUCACUACCUGGGGCUACUGUAGUUGAAGUCAGGGAUCAUCAGACUUCUGUGGAGCUACUGCAGUUAGGGGAAGCUCAUCGCUUUGCUGCAAACACAAAGUUAAAUACAGAAUCUUCUCGUAGUCAUGCCAUCCUGAUGGUACAUGUCAAGAGGUCCAUCAAGGAAAGAGAUUCUGCCUUUUCAAGUGAAAAUGGUAAAACAUCUCACAUGGCUAAAACAUUAAAGCCUCCCAUUAUUCGGAAAGCGAAGCUUGUUGUUGUAGAUCUUGCGGGUUCUGAGCGUAUUGAUAAGUCAGGAAGUGAGGGACAUGCAUUAGAGGAAGCUAAAUCUAUAAAUCUCUCUUUGAGUGCCCUAGGGAAGUGUAUUAAUGCAUUAGCAGAGAAUAGUGCUCAUGUUCCAGUACGUGACUCGAAGCUUACAAGAUUGCUUCGAGAUUCAUUUGGAGGCACAGCAAGAACUUCACUAAUUAUUACUGUUGGUCCGUCUCCACGCCAUCGAGGGGAGACGGCAAGUACCAUAAUGUUUGGACAAAGGGCCAUGAAAGUGGAGAAUAUGUUGAAACUAAAGGAGGAGUUUGAUUACAAGAGCUUGUCCAGAAGGCUUGACAUACAAUUAGACAAACUCAUUGCUGAACAUGAGAGACAGCAAAAAGCGUUUCGGGAUGAGGUUGAAAGAAAUGCUGCAGAAGCACAGAAACGUAUUGCUGAGGCUGAAAGAAAUUAUGCUGAUGCACUUGAGAAGGAGAGAUUGAAAUAUCAAAAAGACUAUAUGGAGUCUAUAAAGAAGCUUGAGGAGCAAUGGAUAAUAAACCAAGGAAAGCAAGGGAAUGAAAGAGUCAAAGUUGAACGCGAAGAUGAUAGCUUUUAUAAGACAUCUAGCAGAGAGGCUGCAGUGCCUGUUUCUGAAGAAGUUACUGAUGUCAAAAUAUUGCUUCAGAAUGAGACUCUUUUACGGGAGGCUGCAGAAGAGGAAGUCAAUAAUCUAAAAAAUCAAGUAGCACAAUGGAAACGGUUGGAGGCAGCAUGCAAUUGUGAGAUCUUAAAGCUCCGCAAGAUGCUGGAAGAUGAGACAUGCCAGAAAACAAAACUAGAAGAAGAAAUAGCAAUAUUACAAAGUCAGCUAUUGCAAAUAAGUUUUGAAGCUGAUGAGACAAGAAGAAAGCUUGAUAGAAAUGGGACUGCAAAAGGGCCUGGCAGUCUAGAUUCUCUCAUUUCUCGAGUUCAGCAUCAACAGCCAAAAGAUUCAGGAGAUGGGGAGAAGGCCUCGAUUGCAAAACUCUUUGAACAAGUGGGACUGCAAAAAAUUUUGUCAUUGCUUGAAGCAGAAGAUGCCGAUGUGCGAAUUCAUGCUGUAAAAGUUGUGGCCAAUCUGGCAGCUGAAGAAACAAAUCAGGAGAAGAUUGUUGAAGCUGGUGGUCUUACAUCCUUGUUGACACUUCUUAGCAGCUCUGAGGAUGAGACCAUUCACAGAGUUGCAGCUGGUGCAAUUGCAAAUCUUGCAAUGAAUGAAACCAAUCAGGAGCUUAUAAUGGUUCAAGGGGGCAUAAGAUUGUUGUCAACGACAGCAGGCAAGGCUGAGGAUCCUCAAACCCUUCGGAUGGUUGCUGGAGCAAUUGCCAACCUUUGUGGCAAUGAUAAGUUACAAAUGAAGCUAAGAGGUGAAGGUGGGAUAAAGGCAUUGCUAGGAAUGGUCAGAUGCAGACAUCCUGACGUUCUGGCUCAAGUUGCUCGUGGAAUUGCAAACUUCGCAAAAUGUGAGUCCAGAGCAUCUGCACAAGGGACUAAGAUUGGGAGGUCUCUCCUGAUUGAUGAUGGUGCACUGCCAUGGAUUGUACAGAACGCUAACAAUGACGUCUCACCAAUCAGGCGUCAUAUUGAGCUUGCACUCUGCCAUUUAGCACAACAUGAGGUGAAUGCAAAGGACAUGAUUAGUGGAGGUGCCCUCUGGGAGCUCGUUCGCAUCUCACGAGAUUGUUCACGGGAGGACAUAAGGACUCUUGCAUAUCGAACACUAACUUCCAGCCCGACUUUCCAGGCUGAAUUGAAGCGGUUAAGGAUAGAUUAUGGUUGAAGAUGUGAAAAAUAAUAUAGGUGUGGCUUAGGGUCUGGGAGAUGUUGAGACAACCAAAUUUACUCGAUUUGGUGAUUUUUCGCCUGAAUGAUCAGUCGAUCUUCUUUGGGAUAGUAGGAGGAAACGCUAUCUCUGAUCCUCUUGAAGUUUUGUAAAAACUGUGAGUGAGGUUGGGUUUGUAGUUUUUGUUUGUAGCUGAUAUAAAACCCAUUAUUUGUGAAUUAUUCUCUAAUUAUGUAUAGUUAUUGUUGCAAAGGUAGGGGUUCAAAAUUAC